CCAUUCCUUCCUUUCAUUUAAUUCGCCAUUUUGUUAUCGUCGAAGUAGAUAGUUGGUUUUGCAAUUUGUAUGUUAAUAAACGAACAAGCGUAUGUGAUUUCAAUCUAAUUGUGAACAUUUUGUGUGCAUACAUGUCUCUGAUAUUGGAAACUUGUGUUUGAACCAGAAAUCUUUGCGUUCUUUAGGUCGACUCCAAGAACAUCCGCAACAAUGAGUGUCAUCAUACGACUCCAAAACCUGCCGUGGUCUGCCAAUGCCCUGGACAUUAGGAAUUUCUUCCGGGGUCUCUCUAUCCCUGAGGGUGGAGUUCACAUCGUAGGAGGCGAACUUGGAGAUGCUUUCAUUGCGUUCAGUACGGACGAAGACGCUCGCCAAGCUAUGAUGUUAGACUGCGGGAAAAUCAAAGAAAUCCAAGUAAAGCUGCUACUCAGCUCCCGCUCUGAAAUGCACAAGGUCAUCGAGGCGGCGCGUCAAAGUGUACCGAUACUGACCCUGGCGGCAUCAGCACCAGCCCCUGUCGUGACGACAGCUGCCUCUGCUCCCACACCCAUCAUACCUACUAUCACACCAUUCUCUGCUGCACUUGGCACAAACUCUCUCACCGGCUUCGGCAUUCCCGGAAUUGGAAACCCUAAUGAGAUUCCACAACCCGCUGUAAUAGAACCGCCAGCGCCACUCGUCAGCCCUUCUGCAAUAACGCCCAAUGCAAACGAGGAGAAAGAAGAGGAAAAAGUAGAAACGAAACGCGACAGAGACAAGGAUAGGCGUCGAUCUCGCUCUAGAUCCCGAUCGCGCGACAGAGAUAGAAAAGAUAGGAAAAGAGAUCGUCGCGAUAGAUCCCGGUCGAGGGAGCGACGACGCAGAGACCGCAGUCGCAGCAGAGACAGACGCGAUCGCAAACGAGACAGGAAGGAGCGAAGUCGUUCCAGCGAUCGAUCGCCAAGUCGCCGCUCUCGCGAUAGAAGAGAACGCAAAUCGCCAAGGAACUCGCAAGAAAAAGUUGACGAUUCACAAUCUAACGAUUCGUUUGCCGCUCCCACAUCCAUGGCUGGAAACGUGAUCAAUCCAUCUAUGCAGACACAGAUGCAGCCCUUAAUGCAGUCUACUAAUAUAAUGAUGAACGGUUUGCCAAAUGAUAACGCGCUGCAAAACCGUUAUAAUGAUCCAUCAUUAGCUGAUGCAUUCAACAAACUGCAGGAAUUAGGGAAGAAACGAAAUCCAAACGCUUUCCAGGGUGAUUUGAGAGAUCAGAAUGGUGGUGGUAGAUUCCAAGGAGGGCGAGGGGGUGCCGCGAUUCGCGGGGGUACCGGUUUUCGUCGCGAGAAUCGAGUGUCACGCUUCGAUAACGAUCAACCACGUGACGUUUGCGUCGCUAUCAGAAAUGCUCCAAAUCACACCAGUUACGGCGACGUCCGCCGUUUCUUCCCAUUCGUUAUCGAUAAACACGGCAUUAAAAUGAUAAAUGACCACCUCGGGAGACGCACGGGGAAUAUAUUCGUUAAAUUCUGCGACCCCCGAUCCAAGCAGCUGGUCCUGCAACGGAAACAUAACGAAUUGAAAGGUGCCCAAGUGACCGUCGAAACGCUAGACGAUGACGCGUACGAUGCGGCCAUAGACUCGUUCCUGCCUUACCGAGAGGAAAACGACGAGGAGGACCCAAGCUUAAUCAUAGCCGACGACGAGCCCAAACAGUCAUUCAACAUUCUAAAACUAACAGAUUUACCCACCUUCGUGAAAGAACAGGAUAUCAUCAAAACAUUCAGCGACUUCUCCCUGUUAUCUAUAAUGCUGAAUGACUGCAGAAACACCCGUUCAAAGAUCGCGUUCGUCCAGUUCGUAAAACCCGAAGACGCCAAAGAGGCUUUCGAUCGGAAAGACAGAUACAUAUUCGGAAGACGACAUCCGACUAUAGUACCGGUGACCGACGAGGAGUAUAAUAAACAGAAACAAAUUCAAAACGAAAGGCCGUCAGAAAUAAAAGAAAAGUCACAGACAGUCGAGCCUCAAGUGGAGAUACAAGCACCUCGCGACCCUCGCCAGCGUCGCCAGUUCGACAACGGAACAUCUCCUAAGGUUGCUCCUCAGCAACCGCCACAAGCACAACAACCGCCAUUCUUCCCGCCCGGUCCGUUCCCUGGCCAGCCCGGUUUUGUCGCUCCAUUCCCUGCCGCGGCCGGAGCUCAGUUCGGAGGGUUCCCCGGUCCCACUGCGGUGGACCCUCGUUCAGCCGCAGCCAACUGGGUGGCGAGACCGACUCUUCCCAAUCCGAUGAACCAAAUGAAACAUAUGCCGGCGUCUCAAAGCGCACCCAUCGACUUGGACGACGAACCUCUCGACUGUGUGCUGAUGAAAGGAUUACCGCAGGACGCGACCGACAGGACUAUAGUCUCGUUUCUUUCGGACACAGGGGCCGUGCCUGCCCGGAUACAUCUAAUGUUGGACACGAACGGCCACCCUUCUGGCGACUGUUUCUGUGAGUUUCGUUCCCCGCAAGAAGCGAGAAUGGCGGCGUCGAAGCACGGCCAGAAUUUGGAGGGCUGUCGAAUCACUGUCGACUUAGUCGGCAGAACGGUCGUCGAGGAAGCUCUCGAAGGGCCGAAACAGCAGCAGGAGGUGCAAGAAGGGCUACUCGGGAAAGCCCCGCCGACAAUUCCGGGCCCACAGCCGUUCUUCGAUGUUCCACAGAGAGGUUUUGGCCCGCGGGGACCUUAUAGAGGCCGCGGAGGAUUUGACUCUAGUAGAGGUGGAUUUGAAAAUCGAAACUUCGAAUCGGGCCGAGGCGGAUUCGACCGGGGAUACCAUAGGGGCGGGUACGAAGGCCGAGGAAGCUUCCGCAGUCGCGGUUUCGAUCGCGGCGGUAGGGGCUUCGAGCGGGGCCGAGGGAGAGGGUUCGGUCGCGGUCGCGGAGGAGGAGGAUUCGAGAACGGCAGAGAUCAAGCUAUAAUCCAAGAGAAUGAUCCGACACUAGAAGAUUUCGGAGCGCCUGGUUGCGUAGUGUCUAUGGAGAAUGUUCCGUUCCGUGCUACGAUAGACGAUAUCCUUACAUUCUUCUCGGAGUUCGAGUUGACGCAGGACGACGUGAUCCGGCGGUACAAUGAGCGCGGGCAGCCGACGGGUGACGCGCGGGUGGCGUUCCGAACGCCGUUCGAUGCUCAACGCGCGGUCAAAACGCGACACAUGGACAAUAUUCACGACAGACGAAUCAACCUUAUGAUUCUAUAGCGUCGGAGAUCACCUCGGAGUGAUUCCGACUCGGAUGUAGACAUUGCAUAUUGGUAAAUCAGCACAAUGUGUUGAGGAAGUGUUCCCCACCGUGAUUCGGCAUAAGGCUUAUUGUGUUUUGUGACUUUUGUGGCAUUAAAAACAUUAUAAAUAAUCUUUAUGUGAUUCAGAUCGCAGAAAUGGACUUGAAAGUAGAUUUAAGAAUUUAAUGUAAUUGAUUGUUAUAAAAGUAUAAUUUAGAUACUUUGUAAUAAUAAAAAACAUAUUAAAUUAAGUUCGUAGUUUGAAUUUACGCAUCUUGAUACUCAUUUAUUGACUUGAUACACCUAUCCUAUAACAAAGUUUAUUUGGUUGUACAAAAACAGAUUAACACAAUAUAAUCAGUAAGUACAAUAGUCAAGUUAAUGACUUUUGUACAAUGAGUUUAAUAACUAGAGAAGCAAUC